CACAAACAUCUAUAAUUAAAAAAAAAAAAAAAAAUUAUUAAUUUUUUAAAAACUAAUUGUCAGCAUAUAUUCCAAAAACAAAUAUUUUGAAAAAAAAAAAAAAGAUUUAUUAUAUAUAUAAAGUAAGUAUUUUUCUUCUUUGUGUAGUGUUGCGUUUUAGUUUUGAGUUGUGGAGAAGAGCAGAGAGCAGAGACUAUGGUGUCUCCCAAUCGAAAUCCAGCACAAGGGUUUAGUUACCCUCAUUCAUCCAAUAUGUAUAAUGACUUGCCCGGCAUCAAUUCGAUGCAACCACCGGAAAAUACCAUACCAUCGCCCACUGCUAAUGUGAAUACGACGUCGUUUGAGGUCCCUCCAACCAAGAAGAUCCGAAAACCCUAUACUAUUACCAAGUCCAGGGAGAGUUGGUCGGAGCAGGAACAUCAGAAGUUCGUUGAAGCUGUGCAGUUAUUUGGUCGCGACUGGAAAAAGAUUGAAGCAUUCGUUGGUACAAAAACUGCCGUUCAGAUACGUAGCCACGCACAGAAGUACUUUGAGAAAGUUCUGAAAAGUGGGAAAAAAGAGCUUGUACCUCCCCCUAGACCAAAGAAGAAGUCUGCUCAUCCAUACCCACAUAAAUCCCCCAAAGAUGCUCCAAAUGUUGCUCAGGUCAAUGGGGCUACAAAUGUUAUACAGUCCACUGGGGCUUCAAAUUUUACUCAUGCCAAUGGGUUUCCAACUGUUACUCAUUUGACUGGGCCUCCAACUGUUACUCAUUUCACUAGGGCUCCAACUUUUACAAAUGUCAAUGGGGAUCCAGCUAAGUCUCAUUGUAAAUGGAUUCCAACUGUUACACAUGUUGUUCGGUAUCCUAAUGUUACUCAUGAUACCGGUCCAUUUCGUUCUUCUGCUGCUUUGUAUGAACCUGCAUAUAGGCCACAUUCAUCAUCAGUGGUUGUAAAUCCCAUUACCGGUGCUUCAUUUCCUCCUUGGAGAUCAAGUUCUGCACCACCAGUCAGUUUACCACAACUGGAAACAGAUGUUGAGUGGUUAUCUAUCCCUGAACUUGAGGAUAACAGAUGCUAUAAUAGUGAAAGAAGUGAGCCUGUGUUCUACUUUCAGGCCAUGAGAGAUGAUGGGGCGGUAUUUCUCCCUGCAAUUGAAAAUAUCUGUCCCCAAAAUAGUAUGACUGAAAGAACUCUAUGGACUGGGCCAGCUAGUGAAAUAAAUCACCAUGAGGUCUACUUCUCACAAGGAAUGAGAGAUUAUGGGCCACUUCUCCCUGAAGUUGCAAAUAACACUCGUUAUAAUAGUAGCAAUGAAAGCACUCUAAUGAUUCAGCCAGCUGAUGAAAUAUCUAAUAUUGAGAGCUUCUUGAGCGAUGAUCCAAGUUUAGCUCUACUGUAUGAAUUACUUGCCAAUGUCUUGGAAAACCCUAAUGCAGCUGGUCACUUGCAGAGACACAGACAAAUGGAUCCCAUAAAAUUAGAAUCACAUCCGAUUAUUUCACCCUUUAGUGCUACUGCUAACGAGGAGAAGGUGAUGCCAUCUGUCUACCCAAAUAAUGUCCAAGGGAAUGCCAUUCUAUCUGCUUAGAUGUGUUUGGUAACAACUGCCAAGGCACAGACACUGUAUAUAGUGUCCGAGUACACACAUGACCAUGUGAAGAAUUAGUCUUAGUCUCUCUGAAGUGAAAGCUUGCCAAUCAAGGUAAAUAUGAUAUGGUAGUUUUUUUUUAUCAUUUUUGGGAAGUAGGAAUUUUAGAGGGUUAGUAUUUAGACACUGGAAGUUGACUUCUAAGUAGUUUUUUCUUAUCAUUUUUGGGAAGUAGGAAUUUUAGAGGGUUAGUAUUUAGAAACUGGAAGUUAACUUCUAAUUUAGUUUAGUUUCAGAUUCAGAGGCUAUCUUGUACAGAGUUAGAGAGGUAUUUAGUGUUUGGCUGUUUAUAUUUUGCAUUAGUUUGCUUUAAUGUUUUGCUACUUUCAGUGACAUUAGAAAAUUGAUCUGUGUGAAUUGCAUUGAGCCAGAAAAAGGUACAAAAAUAAAAACGUUAUUUUUUUUUU